CCCUCCUCUCGGGCAUCUUCACCGCCAGAGUUAAAUGUAUUCAGUGUUUCUGUGAUUAUUUUAGCUCAUUAUCUUCAGCAAGUGGCUCGUUGCGUUGCGCAUAAUUGCGGAAAUGGGUGCGGGAGUUCUUCAAGAGUAAAUGGAGCAGUAUUUUAUUGCCAUCCCGCCUGAUCUGCAGACUUCGUGACCCACAAAGCGAGACUAUAGGGGAUCCCAACAUUCCAUAGACUGGAAGAUUCUCUGAACUUGAUAAGAGAGAGAGAGAGGGAGAGAGGCUGCCUUAUAUAUAAGUCUUAUGCAGUGACACCAGAUAAGUGGCGAAGAGAGAAAAAGAGUAAUGGAGAGGCGAAAAAAACAGUAAGCCAAGAUGAUUCGCGAUAGGCUGAAGGAGUUUCGAGACAUCGCUGGCCUUGACAGUGAAGUGGUUACAAUUACUAUUGAUGGUGGUGAGGAGCAGAAACAGUUAUUGGAUCUUUUGGAUAAGAUUGGCCCACUUUAUUCAAAGUUAAAGGAUAUGAAGGAAACAGUCAUGGAAUUGAGAAGUUUAAUACAUGAACAUGACAACAGAGCUAAAUUAGAAGAUGGGUUUGCAAAUUUAAAAACAGAUGCAAGGAAAAUCCGGGCGCAGCUGGAAGAGAUCAAGCAAAAGGGUGCGAAAAGUUCAGGUGUAGUUCACCAUGCAGCAACAACUCAUCAUUUCUCACUCAUUCAUCACCUCACCUUAGUUUUCCAAGAACUCUCUGUGACCCAGGUAGAGACUCAGGAGAGACAUCGUCAGUAUUUGAGAAAAGAACUCAUUAUUACAGGUCAGUGUGGUAUAAAUGAAAGUGAACUGGACAGUCUGCUUGAACAGUCGACUGAAUUAUUCACUCAAAACAUUAUCCAGGAAACGCAGAUAGCGCGGCAACAGCUCCAUGAUCUUCAGGAGCGGCACGACGCUGUUAUAAAAUUAGAGAAAUCUAUAACGGAACUAUGGCAAUUAUUUCAGGACAUAGCAAUGCAUGUGCAGCAACAGGGUGAAAGCAUCAAUAGAAUAGAAAACUAUGUUUUUGUGGCCCAGGAAAAGGCUACAGGUGCAAAGGAACAGUUGGGACAAGCUUUAAUCAGCAAGAACAAGGCAAUGAAGAAAAAGUUCAUAUGUGCUAUAAUCGCGGGAGUGGCUCUCCUUAUCGUCAUACUCGUUAUCAUUUUCUCAUUUGUGUAGACAGAACUUGUAUGGUUACUUCUUGAGCAUACCACCCACGAGGCCUUCUCCCCUGUCAACACAGGUUAUGCCUGUAAAAUGCCGUCCAAGGACUCUGUUAAUUUUCAGGCAUAUCACAUGCAAGUCAUUUGGUGCCUUCACGGAUAAUGAUUUUUGUCACUAAAUUCAAGUCUGAUAUGUAAACAAAGGUAAAUUUAGUAAAUUUUGAUUAUUCAUCAUUGCUUUGAUACUGAUAUGGAGUGCCUUUUCAUUUUUACUCCCACAGAUUGAUUUCUGGGAUGUUUCCGCUCAAUAUUUCAUAAUAAGUGAACAUGACUGGAUCAUUGACAAUAGUACAGUAAUUCAUAUGAUACUGUUUACCUAAGUAACUGAAUCACUUUUGUAUUUGCAACAUGCAGUUAGCAUAUUUGAAGGUGCUUUUGAAAUGUGAAGUUUUGCUAUAAAUUAAGCCUAUAGAUCAUAAGAUGUCACAACCACUGUAACAUGAGUUACUACUUAAUGCAUAUUUUUUGCAGCCUGUUAGAACAGAGAUGAAGACAUUUGCAGCUUCAUUGCCAAACUUGUGUGCAAUAUUCACUAGAAAAAAUUUAAAUAUUAGGUAACUAUAAUGGAGACCAUAGAGUUUUUCUAGGAUUACUUAUGCUAAAUGACUGAAGACUUCUUUCAUGUCUUAGAUAUAAGAAUGAUCGGAAUUAAAACGUCUCCCGUACGUAGAAGGAAAAGGGUGAGUUAUUACAGCUCCAAAAUGCUGAAAUAUUAAGCAUUCUGAGCUAUAUAACCUCCAGGGUUAUUAUUUACACAUGUUACUGUGAUAUGCUUUUGGACGAGGUAAGAUCCAUGUUCUUACCUUAAACAUGAGUAGGGAUUCCUUCAUGAAACAUUUUAUAGGCAUCCUGUGUUAUUACAUUAAUUCUGUGCUCUGAUCAUCAAGUGUUCAAUUUUGCUUACAUUACAAAUAAACAUUCGACGCUCUUGGUUUGAUACCUGUAAACCUAAAACUAUUUUGAAUUCCUUAUUCCUACAUCACUAUGAAUUGUAAACAGAGACCCUUAAAAAAAGGUUACUGGAGAAUUAGUCAUAUUUAUGUCUUCUUAAAAUAUGAGGUCCAUUUUGAAUUCAAGCAAGAACAUUUUAUUUUGGUAUGUCUGAAGCACAGUAGUCAGAUCAUGCCAAAACUCAUUUCAUGCCAUUAAAUAUAAGUACAGUAUAAUUUUUUUCAAUGGCAAUAAGCUGUCAAGUACUUCUGAUAGUAUUUUGGGUAUAUCACUGUGCUUCAAAAAGGCUUUUAAAAGGUAAUAAUCAGUUAAGUACUUGCAGUUGACACUGAAUAACUUUCUUGUUUAAAAUUAACAAAGAAUUGUCAACAACUAGUCAGAACCUCAGAUAGCAGCUGGGCUUGUUGUCCUUGGGUUAGAUUCAUUUAUAGAAUUUGUCUGCAUUUUCAUUAAAUCAGUUAUCGUAGACUAGUGUCCUCUCAGUGCCUCUAUUAUGUGGUUGAAAAGCUGCACAAUAAAUAGCAAUUUUAUUGCAGUGUCUUACCGAACAAUUAUACAGCUGUAGGUUCCCUACAGCUGUAUAAUUGUUUUGUAAGUGUAAUAAAAUUUCAUUUUAUUAUAAAAAUUACAUAUUAGUUACCUUGCAAAAAAUAUUAAGUAUUCUUCUGUUGUAGUUACUCUAAAAGACCAAAUGUGUGUUUGCGUACUGAGAAAUGCAGAUUGAUAUAUUAUUUAAACAUCGGAACAAUUUAUUUCACAAACAUUUUGGAAUCAUACAUUAUGUUUGCUACAUGUUAAGCUUGCAUCUUGCAUAUGACAGUCUCCCUCCAAUCUGACUUUGCUUCUCUACGAGUUGCAUUUCUAAAUUUUUAUUUGGUAGGUGCAGAAUCUUAACUUAAGAACAGUUUUAUGGAUCUGGCCUUUCAAUAGUUAAGUGAAAACCUGAUGGUAUGUAUAGCAUUCACCCUACCCCACAGCCAACACCCAUAGUGCAUACAAUAGUCCCAUGUUAUCAGUAGCCUGUACUAAUCUAUCAUUUGUACAUAUUACUCAGUGUCAUAUACAUUAUCAUAAUAUAGCUUAGGAGACCUAACUGAUGCUCACAAAAUACACAAAUUCAUUCAACAUAUACAGUGAGGUCCCAUGUAGUUGUAGGAACAGACAUUUUAUUUUGAGUCCAAAUUGUUAUAAUUAUUGCUUUUAAAGUGUUACUAACACUGUAAUACCAUUCUGUAGUACACACACAAAUCCAAUUACACAUUUCUAACCACGAUUCUAGAAUGCAGGGGAAGUAUUCUUAGGAUAAAUAAAAUAUGAUGCAACUUCUUAAAAAACAACACUCAUAGCAUAAUUAUUGAAAGUAAGAAAAACUGAAGUUGGAGCUUGAGUUCUGAAAAAAGUUUAAGUUUUUCCUUAACAUGUAAGAUGCCUUCCAAGUUGUUCCGAUAUGUAAUACAAAC